ACACAUCAUUUCCUGUGCAGACACACCCUCAAGAAGAUUCAAUGGCAAGGAGAUGCAAUGGCUUGGGCAGUGUCAGAGAGCAGAAGGCUGAUCUUUCACGUGGUUGGAUAACACAAAGCAAGCAAAAAUGGGAGGUUCUUCAUCCAAGACAACAACAACCACAACCACCACAACAACUACAACUACAACUACGACAACAACUACGACAAUGCCAACAACAUUAGCACCAACAACGACAACAGUACCAACAACAGUUCCAACAACAACAACAACAACAACAACAGCAGCAACAUCAAGGUUAACUCCAGAGCGGCAGCUUGUCAUUGGAUUCUCCUGCGUGGGGUUACUACUGAUCAUCGCAGCGGUGGUGGCUAUAGCUUACUUUCUGUGGAGAAGAAAAUCUUUGGCCAGGAAAUCAAAGACGGAGAACGCUGACAUCCCAGAAACACCAACAUUCGACAGAGAGGCUCCUGUGUUGAUGGAAGAGUGCCCGUAUGCGAACAUGCCGAACGGAGUGGGAGUCGGAGUCGGAGUGGGAGUCGGAGUGGCAGAUGUGGUCGUCUACAGCGACCUGGCGUUCCGCAAGGAGGGCGGCCGGGUGUCGCAGCGGCCCGCCGAAACCACGGAGUACGCCUGCAUCCGCGCGUGAACGCCGAACGCCGAGCGCCGCACUCUGCCCCGCGCGCGGUGUGCUCCGGAGACUCCAGCUUCGCCCCCGACGCACAAAAUCCCCAAAAUUCCCAAACGAAGUGUGGCAGCCACACCGUGACGGUGGAGGGAGAAAUUGCGCUCCGUAGAUUCCUUGUCCUUCCGCCCCCCCCCCCCCCCCAGCCAAGGGGUUAUGAAGCACAAGCUUCCCGCAAGAGGGCAAUCCCACAAUGCAAUGCUGCACGUGAAGAAGAAUUCAGUUCCAUUUUUGUUUGUUUGUUCUUCAUCCAGAGUAUCUGUUGAGUUCACGGGUUGCAACAUCACAAAUGCUGUCACAAGAUAACUCACUUACUGCCAGCGAAAGAGAGCAAUGUGUUAAAAUGGAUCCAACUGCAGCCAUUUUGCCCAACACACAUCUCCUGAGAGUGCAGCCAGGGAGAGGCCAUUUUAACCUGUGGGGGUGUAGUAAUCAAUUUUGACUUUACUAUAUAUUAUAGAGUUUAUAUACAUAUAUUUAUACAAUAUACAACAUAUACAGUGUAUAUAUAAUAUCAGUGUGUGUAUAUGCUGUUUGUUUCUGUGCGCGUGUAAUUUGGUUUUGAAAUUGUUACGUCUGUUAUGCUUUGUCCUGUUGUUCGUUUUUUUUCCUCUAAAUUGUGAGAUUGUGUAUUUCCCCUUCUCCUAAACUGAGUAAGUUCUGCCACACCGGCGCUAACUGUGAAACGCAUUCACCUGCGCUAAUUGUUAAAUAUGUACAUAGACCUAAUUGCGCUAAUUGACAAUGACCUUCACCUGGACUUCUGAAGCUGGUAUAAUCUCUCCACCACUGUCCCAAUCUUUUGGUCGCCCUACUGACGGCCUGUCUGCUAAUUUUCCACCUUUUCUCAUAUUUUUAUUUUUGCUGAAUUCAGUGGACUCUCUCUGUUUUUUGGGGUUUGAACUGAACUUUUACAAACCCCAGCACCCCCCCGUUUUUAUAUUCGUUGGCUGUGAUUUAACUUAACUUCAAAACUGCUGAUGUAACAAAAUUAUUAUAAUUAAGGAUUAUAAUUAAAGAUAAUUAUCAUAUUUGGAGGAGAAAUUAUGCUCAAGAGCUUCAGCCUGAGGGGAUUGGAUAUUAUACUUGUAUUUUCUUUUUUUGUUUUAUUCUCUUUUCUCUCCAGAGAGCAUUUAAAAUGCUAUACACAUGAGCUGUGACUCAAAUGUAUGUCUGUACAAACGUCUGUUAAGAGAUUUUAGUGUAACUAAAAUUGUUUUUAAAUCAAUAAAAUUGGACAGAAAUGCUGUCUGUACAGCUUA